AUGAAAUUACAACAGCAAGAAUCAGCAGCGGAGCAACAGCAAGGGGGAGAGGAACAGCUCCCUGAAGAUCUCCUCUGCCACUUCGAGCAAAUCCUACAUGAUCACCCCCUCAUUGAUGAGGUGGGGUUCUUGCAUCCGACACAAUUCUGCUCACUAGAUUGCACCCAAGAUGACAACUCCGCUUCCCAACCUCCAGAGUUCCAUCACACAAGAUACUUCUGGUGCCGAAACCACAAGCUGGCCAUCUCCGUUGAGUUCCUCCCCAAGCUUUACCACGCUGCUCGGGAUGCCUACUGCAAUGCAAGAGAUGCCCCACUAUCGCCCACUCAUCUCAUGAGGCACACCAAGGCCCUACUCAUACUUUGCCCCGACCUACUCACCGCAUGGAACUCCAGGAAGAUGGUGCUAUCAGCGGAGUAUGAUUUGACAAAGCUCAAGGAUGAGCUGCAAUUGUGUGCCUUGAUCCUUUCCUACUCGCCAAAGAACGAGAGCACAUGGAGCCAUAGGAGAUGGGUGAUAAAACAAGUUGCUGAGCAACAUCAAGAUAUGUUGGAGCUUAUAGCGAAUGAAUCCAUACUGGUCAAAGAGAUAGCAGAGAAAUCGAAAAUGAACUAUCGUGCAUGGAGGCAUCGAUGUUGGCUUAUUCCUUACAUGACAAGGAAGCAAGUGCUGGAUGAACUGAAGGAGUCAACAAGAUGGAGUGAGCUACAUGUUGCUGACAACUGCUGCUUCCACUAUCGAAGAUCCCUGCUGCUUGCACUACUCGACAACCGCCUUGGGAAUGGAGAGGAUUCCCUUAGUUGGGAGUCAGAAAUUUGCCUGCUAUGGAAGGAGGAGCUUAGGUGGGAUGAGACGCUGAUCAGACGCUACCAAGGGAGAGAGUCGUUAUGGAACCAUCGUCGGUUCCUUUCACACUGGUGGAUACAGCACUUGCUCACUGUUGAAGAAAACUGCUGUCAGCACUCUACAACUGUUUGCUCAACGACAUCCCAGAUGGAUAUGUUUGUCACCCAGGAGAUACAACUGCUGUCAGAGUUCCUUCAUGACCCUGUGGAUGAGUUUGAGGAGUCGCGUGUCCAAGCGGGGCUUUCAGCACUCUACAUUCUGUGGAUAACAAAGGCAAUCAGCAGCUGGGGUUUAGUUUUAACAGGGAAAUUGCUGCGUGUUUUGUUGGAUGCAGCAAGUCCCAGCUGUGAAAGGAAAGCUGGAAGCGAGGCUGCAUUCCUUUUCCAUGGGGAAGCUGAAGGACGUGUUGGCAGGAGCCUGCAGACCGGAGAAGAGGUUUUGGAUGAAUUUGCUGGGCCUGGCUGA